GGAGAGGCGCCGCCCCGCCUCCUGUCGGCCUUCUCGCCGCCCGCCCCCUCCCGGCUGCGCGUCUCCCCGCCCGACGAGCCCGCUCUAGUCACGUGAUUGCCUCAUCCGGGUCCUUUGCGUUCUCGCUCCCUCUCCCAACAUGGCGGCCUCAGCAAAAAAGAAGAAUAAGAAGGGGAAGACUAUCUCCCUAACAGACUUUCUGGCCGAGGAUGGAGGCACUGGUGGAGGAAGUACCUAUGUUCCCAAACCAGUCAGCUGGGCUGAUGAAACAGACGACCUGGAAGGAGAUGUUUCAACUACUUGGCACAGUAACGAUGAUGACGUGUACAGGGCACCUCCAAUUGACCGUUCCAUCCUGCCCACUGCUCCACGGGCUGCUCGGGAACCCAAUAUCGACCGGAGCCGUCUUCCCAGAUCUCCACCCUAUACUGCUUUUCUUGGGAACUUACCCUACGAUGUGACAGAAGACUCCAUCAAGGAAUUCUUUAGAGGAUUAAAUAUCAGUGCGGUGCGUUUGCCACGUGAACUCGGCAAUCCAGACAGGUUGAAAGGUUUUGGUUACGCGGAGUUUGAAGACCUGGAUUCCUUGCUCAGUGCCCUGAGCCUCAAUGAAGAGUCUUUAGGUAACAGGAGAAUUCGAGUGGACGUCGCCGACCAAGCACAGGAUAAAGACAGGGAUGAUCGUUCUUUUGGUCGAGAUAGAAAUCGGGAUUCUGACAAAACAGACACAGACUGGAGGGCCCGUCCUGCUACAGACAGCUUUGAUGAUUACCCACCAAGAAGAGGCGACGACAGCUUUGGAGAUAAGUAUCGAGAUCGUUACGAUUCAGACCGCUACCGGGAUGGGUAUCGGGAUGGGUAUCGGGACGGCCCACGCCGGGAUAUGGAUCGCUACGGGGGCCGAGAUCGCUAUGAUGACCGAGGCGGCCGAGACUACGAUAGAGGCUAUGAUUCCAGGAUUGGCAGUGGCAGAAGAGCUUUUGGUAGUGGGUACCGUAGGGAUGAUGACUACAGAGGGGGUGGGGACCGCUAUGAAGACAGAUACGAGAGACGAGAUGAUCGGUCAUGGAGCUCCAGGGAUGAUUACUCUCGGGAUGACUACAGGCGCGAUGAUAGAGGUCCACCCCAAAGACCUAAGCUAAACCUGAAGCCCCGGAGUACUCCUAAGGAAGAUGACUCCUCUGCUAGCACCUCCCAGUCCAGUCGCGCAGCCUCUAUCUUCGGGGGGGCCAAGCCUGUUGACACGGCCGCUAGAGAGCGAGAAGUGGAAGAGAGGCUACAGAAGGAGCAGGAGAAGUUGCAGCGGCAGCUGGAUGAGCCAAAACUAGAGCGACGGCCUCGGGAGCGACACCCAAGCUGGAGAAGUGAAGAAACUCAGGAACGGGAACGGUCAAGGACAGGAAGUGAGUCAUCACAGACUGGAACCUCAGCCACAUCUGGCAGAAGUAAGUCAGAUCAGGAUGCACGGAGGAGAGAGAGUGAGAAAUCUCUAGAAAACGAAACAGUCAAUAAGGAGGAAGAUUGCCACUCUCCAACAUCUAAACCUCCCAAACCCGAACAGCCUCUAAAGGUAAUGCCAGCCCCUCCACCAAAGGAGAAUGCUUGGGUGAAGCGAAGUUCUAACCCUCCUGCUCGAUCUCCGAGCUCAGACCCCGAGCAGCAGUCCCCUACCAGUGGAGGGGGCAAGGUUGUUCCAGCUCAGCCAUCUGAAGAAGGCCCAGUAAGGAAAGCGGAUGAAAAUAAUAAAGUAGAUGGUGUGAGCGUCCCAAAGGGCCAAAGUGGCAAUUCCAACCGUGGGCCAGGAGAAGGAGGGAACAAAGACCACUGGAAGGAGACCGAUAGGAAAGAUGGCAAAAAGGAUCAAGACUCACGAUCUGCACCUGAGCCAAAGAAACCUGAAGAAAAUCCAGCCUCCAAGUUCAGCUCUGCAAGCAAGUAUGCUGCUCUCUCUGUGGAUGGCGAAGAUGAGAACGAAGGAGAUUACACUGAAUAGAUCUCUACAUCCUGUGCUUUCUCCUACUCUCUCCACCCUGGAACAUUCGAGAGCAAAUCAAACCUACCCAGACAAGACAAAAUAAAACUCACCAUCUCCUGGAGACCUUUCUUAACUUUUUUUUUUUUUUUUAAACAAAAUGAAAUUUCUUUUGCAUGCUGCUGCAGCCUUUAAAGUAUUGAACUAACUGGAGACUUGCCAAUGUAGCCAGAGAGAGAGAGACUACGGCUUUUUACAGAAAGUUGUGGUGCGCUAUUGUGUGUGUGUGUGUGUGUGAGACAUACGCAGUUGGCCUCUGUGUGAGUAGUGCCUAGGGCGCUCCGUUUAGCAAGUGGCAGUGACAGUGCUGCAGUGUCUGGAAAUGGUUGGGCAAUUGGUGCAGGUGAAAGGCAGGGCCUGAGUUUCUUACCCUGCUGUGGCAUAUAAAUUCUCGAGCAACGCUGAAUAAACUUUUCACCCGAGGAAGGGUAGGUUUAGUCUCUGAAGUUGUUUCUCUCCAGGAGUCUGCUGGCCUCAUUUUUAAUUGACUUACAGGGGCCAGCCUAGGGGGGGAUUGCUUCAUUUUUACCCCCCAGGGGGGUAGUUGGGAGUAAGUCUACAGGCCACUAGAGAAUAGACUAUUUGCUGACCAAAAUAGGUGGGAAAAUCGUGGUUUGAAAAGAAGCUUACAGAGGUUAGAAAUUAUUUCACACCAGAAUGGGGGAAAAUGGUAUGCCUUCCAUUAAACACAUGAAUGGUUACUUCCUGGAGCAGGAAGCACUUAAGGGAUCGUGGGAACUCCCAAGUCUUAAUGUGUCCUGGUUUCACCCUUUCUUAACACUGUCCCUUCUGAAAGUUCGGUUACAUCCACAUUCUUUUCAAAUCUUGAAGCUUUAAAUUUUCAGAUUGGUCAUCUUAAGAUCUUCCUGUUGCUCUCUCCUGUAACUUCCCUGAAAGCAGCUUUUAUGUAAGUCACAUACCCGUCUGCCUGUCGUCUUUAUCUCCACCCUCCUCUUCCCCCUCACCCCCAGCUGUCAAAAAGGAAUUCCUGCUUUCCCUGAGUAAAUCUUGGCUCACUCACGACUGUUGACUCCUUGUCCAAUCCUGCCUCUGCUGUCACAAUCCCUGGACACCUUAAAAACUCAAGAAUUAAUGGUCUUAAAUGGUUAGUGGCAGUUAUGUGGGAAACGUUCCUUAGAACCUUGAUUAUUUGGUUUAUUUUUUAUUACUAUUUUUUGAUGUUGGCUUCUCCACUGAAAUCCCACACCAGUGUUUAGAUUUGUAAUGUGAUCUAGACCAGUGUCUUGAGUUUUUGUUCUUUUGACCCUCCCCGGAGAGAAUAAAUGAAAAUGAAGAGAACUCUCGGAAAAUCUUGGUAUCUCUCAACAGCACCAGGUAGCUUCACUGGGCCUGCAGUUGCAAAACCCUCUCCCUCAGACCCAGGUCACACCGUGUCUCCAGACGUGCGGGGCUGGUUUCUGGGUUCUGCCGCAGUGGAUUCGCGUCAUUUAUCCAGUUGACAUAAAAGGCACACCAAGUAACAUAAGAAAAUUGGCUAGUAGCUAGGGUGUGGCCAUUAGAUAACCAAGAUUGAAGGGGAUGUUUGUUUUACUCCUAAAUACAUUUGCUGUAGAUGAGGAAAAGGUGGAGGUUUGUCCUCUUCAUGUCUACUUCCAAAUAGUUGUAUCCAAAAAAGCUGUUUUUCUCUGACCCCUAAUCCUAGCCCCUGUUAGAGCAAACAGGGAUCUGUGUCCCAUUCCUCAAUACAUGUAAAAUUUGUACAAAAGUAUCUUCUAUGAAAAUGAUUUGUAAUCUGUAGACAAAACCUGGGAGAUGUCUUGAGAUGUAAAAUCCCAUCCUUUGGGUUGUGGGGUUUUUGUUUUCUCCAAAUAAAUCUACUCUUUAAAGUUC